AUGCCGCCACCAGAUUUCAAGGAGAACGUAGUCAACUUGGUCGCUGGUCGGCAACCACUUCGAAACGCUCUAGGAGAUGCGCCUACUGCCAGCCUUUACAAUCAACCGCAAGAUACGACCUACGCGUUCAUAUCAACUCCUCGUGUAUGGGGCGAGAAAGGAUCUACUAGCACACCCAUGUAUGCCCAGCAGGUUUCCGAUUUACAGGCGCUUCUUAGAGAGAUCAUACCCCGUAUUGCAAUAAUUGUUCGGCCAUAUGAGAAACCAUGGGUACGGGACACAGACAAAGUUACGGGUGCGCCGAUAAAUCUCUAUCCUCAAGACCAAUUGUGGCGUGGGCAAGCGCUAUUUGAGUACGAUCCGCUCGCAGAUGGUAGAUUUGGAGCAGACUGGCGACUUUGGUACGAAGAAGCAAGCGAAAGGGGCCGAAAAGGCUUAGGGCAGCUAGUAGACUGA